CGACCUUAUAUGAAUAGAACACCCGGAUGUGGAUAUGUUGUACCUAACGUUUCCUAUUUAUGUUAAAGAUAAAUUUCUUUAUAAAAUCUAAAGGCUUUAUUUGUAAGAACCUGAUAACAGAAGUAGUGUUUAAACUAUGAAUAUAUCUAUUCGUAAACAUUAUGGAAUAUACUUUACAAGGAACGAUUUUUUGUUUUUGUUUCAUUUUGACCUGCAUGCGAGUAAAACUUUCGCUUGGUGAAAUCAGUUGUGUCUUUAAUGAUGGUAGUAUGUGUUCUGGUUGGACCUUCGAACAAAACUCCACAAUAUAUGCUGCUAACUGGACUAUCUGGAAAGGUGCAACUUUGACAGCGAACACUGGGCCACAGAGGGACCAUUUAAAAAAAGAUGGCUUCUACAUCUUUAUGGAAACUACAAAUAAUAAACAUCGAGACAUUGCCAUGUUUUAUUCUCCUAUCAUAGAACAGACAGAUCAGGUUGUCAAUGUCACGUUUUGGUACUACAUGCAUGGAAUAUUUAUCCAGAGUCUCAAAGUAUAUGUCUUUCCUGGUAAUGGAGACCAACAACUUGUUAUCUCUAUAAAUAAUGAACAAGGAAAGCAAUGGAAACAAGCUGUGGCAUAUUUGGAACAUAUGGGGCCUUUCAAGAUAGGAUUCCAAGCAAUGGUAGGAAGUGCUGUAUCGGACAUAGCAGUUGAUGAUAUCACAAUAACAGGAGCAGAAAUAUACCCUCGUUCCACUACUAUUGAAACAUCAACCAGUUUGAAUAAAGAAAAGAGAUUAAAUGAAAACGAGACUGAAGAUUUUUUCCCUUUACCAUAUAUAAUCAUAUGUGUCAUAGGCGGUGUUUUGUGGCUCGUUAUUCUCUUUCUUUUAUGUUGCUGUGUACACCACGCAAGUCGACUUCAGAAUUCCAAAAGGACUGUUGGAUGUAACACUUCACCACGUAUUUAUAGUAAUGACCAAGUGGGAGGUAAACAGAAUACUUUACUAGAGGACAAUGACGUCACCACAUUAGAUAAAGUAGAACUGACAUUAGAUCCUCUACAAUUAUUGAGUCACCACUACGAAAUCAUCUUAGACAAGUGUGAGACUAAACUCUGAUUUGUAAACUUUCACAUAUUCAUAUGUAUUACAGAUUACAAUUUCUGCAUUAGUGUUACUGUAUGCAUAGAUUUAUGUAAGGGUUUCACUGAUUUAUGAACUUUAGGCUAUUUCACGAGAUUCUUUACAUUUACAUUAUUCUUUUUUAUCUUCAGUUUAACUCGCAGGUUAUCAGCAGAUGAAGUGUAUAUAUUUUAUUUUGAGUAUAUUUUAAUUUUGGCAAAUUAUUAUGUUGAUAAUAGCAUGAACAAAGUAAACCAUCUGAGAAUAUCAAAUAUACUGCAACAGAUAUCAACAGUUCAUACCAACUAUUCUGUUCUAGAAUUCAAUUAGUAUUGCCAUUUCUUAGGAGAAUAAGAAUAAACACCAGUAGGCGAUAUUUUAAUAAAUUUAUCAGUAGUUUCAAACGAACAAAACGCAAUUAUAGGACCAAACCGGUACACUGUUCACAUGCACUCGUAUGUUUCUUAACUCCAUAAUUAUGCUGACCUCUCGAUGUUGCACGAAUAGGUUGAUCUAUACGAUGUGACUGUGUCUAAACUAACUAGCAAAACCUAAGUCGUGGUUUACCAUCUUCAUCGUCUGGUCUACUUAGUAUCAAACAAAAUAUCAUUCCGAAUAUGGCAGUUUUAAUUUGCUGAGCGGGAAUUCACGUUGCAAUACGACGUAAUUCGGUAAUUAUCUAUCAAGUAUUGCAUUAAGUUGUGGUGUUUCUUUUGUACUACGGUAAACCGUAUAUAUAUUUUGUUAUGUCUUAUGUUCGCUGGGAGACGACGUGGUUUGGGAUUUAUAUAUCCCACUUGCGGGUAUUCUGUUGUUACUGAUGUUUACCUGUGGGUAAUUUCAAGUUUACUGUCCUCCGAGAUAACAACUAUUUUUCGACGUGAAGCAAACAAAAAUUCCCAUGAAAUCAGAAAACUUGAUUCUUUUUCUCGAAAUAUAUUACACUAAUAUUACUGUACGCAUAUGAAUUACGCUAAACCCUAAAUGAAUUAUCUUUUUCGUUCAUCACAAUAGUUGCAAACCAGUGUAUUGUUGAUUUACAGAAUGUUCAUGUAAACACAUAUCGGAAUAUUUUUCUUCAGAUGUACUAAACAUUAAACAUUUUUUAAACUAUCCAUACACAUGUAUACUAAUUUAAUCUUAGACACAGGAUUUUUAUUGGUUAUUUAUUGGCUUUCAGUAACUGCAAGUACUCUCAGAUUUGUCAUUUGUGCUUUGAGUCUUUUGUGUUUUUGUUAGCGUUUUCAUGUGCUUUUUAAUCAAUCUGG